GCUCGUUUGUGAAAAAUGGUUGAAAUUGAUUUUUCGUCCUUAGCGCGCUGUUUCGUCCUGCACGUAUAGUUCAAACGAUUCGAAAUUGAUAGAAAAGAGCUCAGGAAUGAGUAUCAAGCGGAAAAAUAUGGAGGACGAAAUGUCUCGGUUUGAAGCGGAGAUUUCCGGUGCAAAUAUCGCUCCCGAUCUUGAUCGCUCUUCAGCGACUCCGACUGUAACGAGCAACCCUUUCAUACCGUCGCAAGUACGAAUAAUCGGAUCUCAAACAUAUAAUCAGAUUCAGCAAAAGUUGGCCCAAGUGCCACCACGAAUGCCUCCUCCUCCGUUACCUCCAUUUUUGACUUCGUACGGAACACCACAGACUCUUUCGCCCUCCAAAUCCUACACGACUGAGCCGACGCGUUGUGUUGUUGUGAGCAGUGCACCAAAACUGUAUACCGCAAGACCUACGGUAGGCAUCGCCACCAAGUCUGAUGUCCUUCCUGGACCUUUGAUUGGUGGGCUAGCGUCAGCAGUACAAUCGUAUGAUAUUGCCAACAUUCAGUACGAGAUGACUGCUAAAAUAAAGAAACCCAAAACGGAGAAAUCUGGACCAAAUCCGAUCGCCGAAGAAGCCAUCAAAGCGGCCCGUGCAUCUUCCGCACUCCAAUCUUUCGGCAACAACGAAAGACGUAGUAAAAAGGACAAAAAACAAACCGUUCGAGUCGCUGGUGGUCAAACGUGGGAAGAUAUGUCACUGUCUGAUUGGCCAGAAGAUGAUUUCCGCAUCUUUUGCGGUGAUCUUGGCAACGAUGUUAAUGACGAGUUGUUGACCCGAACCUUCAAUAAGUUUUCGUCAUUCCAGCGUGCCAAAGUAAUCCGUGAUAAACGAACAAGCAAAAGCAAAGGAUAUGGCUUCGUAAGUUUCAAGGACCCGCAAGAUUUUAUUCGUGCGAUGAAGGAGAUGGAUGGUCGUUACGUUGGAAGCAGGCCAAUCAAAUUACGCAAAAGUACGUGGAAAACCCGUAGUAUCGAGGCAGUCAGGAAAAAGGAAAAGGAAAAGCAAGCAUUGCUUAGUCUCUUCAAUCAAAGCUAGUAUUUCUACAUUUGAUAAUUUUUUUGUACAUUUUAUGUGUAACACCUUUCUUCAAGCGUUGUGAAUUAUAGCGCGAACACAAAUAAAAAAUCAUCUAAAAUA